GGCAGAGGAGUUGCCUCACCUGUUUUGGACAGUAGCUCGCGGGACGUCGCAGCGGUACGACGUGCCAGAGCGGAAAACCGUGUCCCGUCUGAACACCAGGGCCACGGCUGGGAUGCAGCGGCCAGCUGCUUGUGUUGUGCUGGCGGCUGCCGUCGCCGCUCUGACCAGCCUGGGUUCGGGCCUGGCCGCCGGCCAGGGACACCUGUCGUGCGACUGCCGCCUGUGGCACCUGCGGGACACCUCCAUAACCCUCCACUGCACCAGAGGACAGAAUGGGGCUUCUCAGAUUUCUUGUCAAAAAGAAAAGGUGCUGGAGAUUCCACAGGGCUACCACUAUGUGCCCGGCUAUGCACUCAUCAAGCUAUCCCGUGUCUUCAUGCCAUGGGCGGCAGCCAAGAAGGCCUGUGAGGAUGAGGGAGCCCAGCUGGCUGUCCCAACAGACCACCGUGCCUUUGAGGGGCUGAAGCAGAUUUUCCAGAAAGUGAAAGGGGUAUGGUACGCCAACAUUGGAAUCACAGAUCAAGCCAAAGAGGGCGAAUUUGUGGACAUAUAUGGUCGUCCAGUGUCCAAACUGCCGUGGUUGCCUAACGAUCCCAACAACGCUUACGGGAACGAGAACUGCGUCGACUUCAACAAGGACGGGUACACAAACGACGUGCCCUGUGAGAAUCCAGCGCCAUUCUUCUGCGAGCGCCGGCUCUCGGUGGUCGCGCCGGACGGCUACGAGUGGCUGGACGGCGCCGGCCGCUUCUACAGGGUGCACGUGGAGAGGGUGGCCCGCGCCCACGCGGCCAGGACGUGCCGCUUCGAGAACGCGACGCUCGCCGUCAUCGACACGUGGCGCCGCGCCGAGGCCGUGCUCGGCCUCCUACAGCCCAAAAAGGAGGUCUACCUCAUAGGCUUCACGGAUGAAGCUGUCGAAGGCGACUUCAUUACUGAAACAGGCAGGCACCUAGCAGACAUGGAAUUUCAAGUGUGGGAUGUUGGAGAGCCGAAAAACAAUGAUCGUGGUGUCCCCGAGAACUGCCUGGCGCUGUCGGACAGAGGAUUCUAUAAGGAUGUGCGCUGCGACCUGGAACUGCCGUUCAUCUGCGAGAUUGCACCCGUGAGUGCCCGAGCCAACGCCGUGCCGCCCACGACUGCGUGCCGCUCUCCCCCACCCGACGACGCUGCCGUCUCUCUCCUGCGAAACCUUUCCGUGGAGGAGAGAGGCAGGAGGCUGAUCGAGGCAGCUAAGAACGGCGCAGUGCGAGAGCUGCAGGCGCUGCUGGCUGCUGGGGCAGACGUUGGGGCGAAAGACGACAAAAGCAAUACUGCCCUGCACUGGGCAGCCUGGGAAGGAUACACACAGGCGGUGAGGUGCCUGGUGGAGGCUGGGGCAGACAAGGAUAUCGGGAACUUGGUUAAGAACACGCCUCUUCACUGGGCUGCGUGGGGUGGGCGAGCGGCUGCGGUGCAGCUGCUGUUGGCAUCUUCCGCCAAUCUCAAUGUCAGGAAUCAGGACGGGAUGACGCCGCUGCACGAAGCUGCAAAGCAUGGCCGUGCAGACGUGGUGAUUGUAUUGCUUGAUGCAGGAGCUGACAAGGAGGCCAGAACCAACGAGGGUUACACACCACUGGAAAUCGCCAGGCAGUACAACCAGCAUCACUUAGUGGACUUGCUAAGAUGAAACUGGCAGUUCAACAAACAUGUUUUGAGUAGAACUAGAAGAUCUUAAGUACAUUACUUCUGAUUAUUUUCUAAAUAAAGAAUACAAAAAUGUUAA